CUUGUCUCCUUCCUCCCCCAACAGAUCCUGCACAUGCACAUCUCGAGUCUGGAGAAGCUGCCGCUGUCGACGCAGGGCUCGCCGCUCCAGGUGCGCUGCAAGACGUUCCUCACGGUCACCUUCGUCAUCCCCCGCGAGCGCGACUGCCACGACAUCUACACCUCGCUGCUCCAGCUGUCGCAACCAGUUCACUUGGAGGACCUCUACUGCUUCCACUACACGGCAAGCAACGAUGACAUCGUCAAGAGCAUGGGCUGGGACCUGUACAACCCCGCUCGCGAGUACCACCGCAUGGGCGUCCCCUGCGACUCGUGGGCGCCCACCGCCCUCAAUCACAACUAUGAGAUCUGUGACACGUACCCUCAGGAGCUCUUCGUCCCUGCCUCCGCGCCCACGAAGGUCAUCCUCAGCAGUUCCAAGUUCAGGAGCAAGGGCCGCUUCCCCGUCCUCUCUUACCUUCACAAAAACCAGGCAGCGUUGUGUCGCUCCUCGCAGCCUCUCUCUGGGUUUAGUGCUCGGUGCGAGGAGGACGAGGAGCUGUUGGACUGCAUCCUCCACUCCAACCCAAACUCUUCACACAUGAUUGUUGUAGACACAAGACCUAAGAUCAAUGCCAUGGCCAACCGUGCGGCUGGAAAAGGUUAUGAGAAUGAGGCCUAUUACGAAAACAUUAAAUUCCACUUCUCUGGGAUAGAAAACAUUCAUGUCAUGAGAGCUUCCCUUACCAAGCUUAUUGAGACAUGCCAGCUGGUUACCCCAUCGAUGAGUGGUUUCGUUGGGGGCGUGGAGUCGUCCGGGUGGCUGAAGCACGUGCGCUCUGUGCUGGAGACGGCAGCUUUUAUCACCAGUUCUAUGGUGGAGGGCGUCAGCGUCCUGGUGCACUGCUCGGACGGCUGGGAUCGCACGGCCCAGACGUGCGCCCUCGCCCAGCUCAUGCUCGAUCCCUAUUACCGCACCACUCAAGGAUUCCAGAUACUCAUUGAGAAGGAGUGGCUGGCAUUUGGACACAAGUUUACCGACCGCUGUGGACACAUUCAGGGUGAUGGCAAGGAAGUGUCGCCAAUCUUCACACAGUUUCUUGAUUGUGUGUGGCAACUGCAACAGAUUCUGCCCUCAGCCUUUGAAUUCAAUGAAAGAUAUCUGCUUAUUCUUCAUGAUCAUGUUUACUCAGCUCAAUUCGGAACUUACAUCGGGAAUUGCCAGAAGGACCGCAUUGAUCUAAGAUUGGCAGAAAGGACUUACUCUCUCUGGGGCUACAUGAAGAUGCAUGAAAGUGAAUACAGGAACCCACUGUAUCGACGAGACUCAACUACAGAUGUCCUCAAAGUAAUUCUUUGUCCUCAGAGCAUCAGGUUUUGGCGUGGCAUGUACAACCGCUUUGAGAAUGGUGUUCACCCACGAGAGCCUUUAGGUGACCUCUUGGCGGCAACAACAGAGCAUACACAGGGGCUCACAGACCAGGCAGAGUUUCUUACAAAGCGCAUCACUUGGCUUAAGAGUGAGUUAGAAGUGAAAAGUGGCCAUUCACAGAAGAAAGACACAGACAACCGGUUACUUGAAGAUGGAGCACAACAGAAUGGAGACGAAAAGGCCAGUCCCUUAGUGGGUGGGCUGAGUAUGCGAGAAGUCGAAGAGUCUCUGGUCUCUGUUGGUGCUUUGACUGUCAACAGUGCAGAUGCAGCUGUUACACCUGAAAAACUCUCUCCAGGAUCCAACUUCAUUCAUCCAGCACAGAUCAUAGAGAGUGGCAAAAGGUUGUUGAGUCAGUUAUCCACUUACCAGUCUACCAGAAUUCUUUCACCUGAAAUCACUUCUGUAGCCCUGGAUUGGAAGACCUUCAGAAAUGUUCGAGAGUGUUCUUGUUCAACUCCCUUCGACCACUUCAGUCGCAAGUACCACUGUUGGCGAUGUGGAGAAGUCUUCUGCACAAGAUGCAUUGACAAGAAGGCAGCGCUCCCUGGUCACUUGAGCCAGCAGCCUGUACCCGUAUGCCGACCCUGCUACAAGGAUGUCACUCGUUCCAUCUCCGUUGACACCCCAUAGAUAAUUGCUGGUUGCUAUUGACACUGUGGAUCUUUGAUAAUGUGGCCUCAAAGUUGUUGCUAUUUUCUACUGUAUAUUUUGUGAUGAAUGAGGAAUUUUGAUGUAACUUCAGAUCUAUUUUCUUCUUAUUUUUUUCACAUAGUAUGAAAUUUGUUGGGUUGACCAACAGGAAUUUUUGAUGCAGGGAAUAUUAGAGGAGGUUAUGGGUUUUACCUUCUCAGGGUAUUGUUAAUCACAAAUGUAUCGUAAAUCUUAACUGUCCAGACUAUAGGAUAGAAUGGUGUGUAUGCAUUACUUUUGCAUCUCUUUUCUAAUAAUUUUGGUUGAAAAGUUAAGAAUCUUUGAGUCAAAGGAGCUAAAUUUGAUGAACAGGUUAUUCAGUAAUCAUGUAAUUCAUGGAGGCAAUCAUCAAGAAACAUUUUACUUUUAGAAUAAUAAUGUAUGAUUACUUAUGAAUAUUGAGUGCCUAAGAACACAAUGAUUUUGAACCCAUUCUAGUAAAUUAAACCUUUUUCUAUAUAUAGAAAAUUUCCACUGUGAUUUUCCAUUAUUACAUUGCAGAGAGCCCUCAUGAAUGUGACAUGGAAUAAAUCUGUUCAUGUGAACCUGGCCACUGAUUUAGCUCUUUGAUGCUGACAUAAUCAAAUAUAGAUGAUUUGUAGUAAACUAUAUGUAUGUGUUUCUUUCUUUAUUGGUAGUGCAGCCAAGUCAUUUUAUUUCCUCCAUAUAACAUUUCCAGAUAAUAAUUUUUUCCUAUGUUUAUCAGAGAAGAGAUGCUCCUCAUCAGUUGUGAUUUUCCCAGUGUAUAGAAGGAAAAGGGUUUUCUAAAAAGUUAUGCAUUGGCCAUCUAUGAUAUCAAAGGUUUUAUAACAUUUUUUUCAAUAGAGGUUGUUACAGCUGGCUAGCUGUCUAGUGUAGAAUCAAGUGGUUAACAUUAUCCUGUCAAAGUUAAAAUGUAACUCUUGAAUGUGGCUAGUCACACUACCAGUUUUGUUUAGUAAUAUAAAAAGGUACUGUUACCUUGUUAAGUAUAUUUCUUGUUGUUCAUUGCUCUCUGUGGUAUAGUAUUCCUUUUUUCAAUAUACUUCACAGUAGAUCUUGCUCAGAAAUAAUUACUGAUUUUGUAGUUUUUAAUCCUAUGUAUAGACUAUUAAGAACAAUACAGGUAAUUCUUUAAACAUAUUUUAAGUUUAUGUUUGAUAACUGCACUCAUUUUGUCCAUAUUGAUCAUCGCUGACAGCCCUAAUCUCGUAAGCUUGAUCAUGAAAGAAGUGAAAGCAGAGAAGAGUCUCUUUAUAGAACAGAGGAUUCAAGAUAUCUUAUACCUGUGUUUUUUUAUUCAGAACACUUACUUUCCACAUAUGAUAUGGUGCAUAAUACCUAUCAGUAGGGAUGCAAAAUUUUAUUGAUGAUCAAAUCUUGGCUGUUUUAUCCACAGUUUAGGUCUCUAGCAACUGAACAAUGAAUAUAUAUUUGUCCAGUAUCUAUUACUGAGACAUCCUACCUAUUGUCAUUUCAAGUCCUGGUGAUUAUAGUUAUCAGUGAAACAACCACAAUCUAUGACUGAAUUGUCCGAAUAACUUUCAGGUAAACUAGAUCAGUGUUGAUUCCAAGAUUAACUAUUUUAUGAUCCUCUGCAGAGAAGUGGGCUUUAGAUUUUUAUCAAGGCUGUCUGUAAAUACAUAAUAACCAGACAUUAAACAAAUGAUUUUUUUUCUAGAUCUAGCAUCUCAAGUAGGUGAUAAUGAUCCCACCUUACACCCCCCAUAAGUAAUGAAAUCUUGCCCUCAGCGGCCAACUACCUUUAUGCUACAUUUUGUGGCUUCCCCUGUGAUAGUGUGCAUUGUGAUACACAACCAAGGAAUAGCAAACCCAGACUUGUGCAUGAUGCCACAUGCAGUGUAAUUAGUAUACAGUAGCUAGAGUAUUCUGCCAUCAUUAUAGAGUAUUUGGUUAUUUAAUAACCACCUGUAAGACAUGUGUACAACAGCUGAUUAUAAUCUAUUGUCAUAUAAUUUAUAUUCUUUGAUGUUUGCUCAUGAUCUUUUAGCAAAUUUAUUUUGAAAUAAUGUCAGCAAUGAGUAGUGUUCACAUACCAUGUACUGGUGAAGCUCCACAAAGUAUCACAGUUGAGUUCAAAGCAUGGUGUUGUAAAUCCCAAAACUAUUACAAGAUUUUGGGUUAUUCUCUGUACUUGAAAAUAUCUAGAUGGACUACACAAAAAUUUGAAAUGAGGUUUUUAAUUAUUAUUCAUAUAAAAUCUCACUUUAAGUUCUUUAUUCCAAUUUUGUACCUUCUUUUGUUUGUGUAUAAUAAUGGUACUACAAGGAUUACAGUUUUCACUUAGAUUUUUAGAUAUAUUCACACAAGUGUAUUUUGGUUCAGGUGGUUGUGUAAUUCAUAUAUGCACAUGUAUUUUCCUUUUAUAGAUUGUCCUUUGACUCUGAAACAGACUGAUGCAAAGAAUAUUUUCUAUGAUUUUUUUCUUAGUAAUACUUAAUUGGUUACCACCAUACAGGUAAAAUGUUCUCCUGCAUAAUAUACACUUUGAUUUUAGUGUUUCAGUGUAUUGGUUUGAGGCUAAAAAAUGGCAUUGAAAAUUUAAGAGAAUAAUCGGUGAAUUAAAAAUACACUCUUAAAAUAUUUGAUAAUGUUUAAUAUGGAUCAGAUUCUUGUUAGCAAAGAUUAUUAUAAUAUUUGUAGGACAUUAGUGUGGCAUAUAAGAACAGAUUGGCUUAAAAUGAAAAAGUUUGUCUUAAUACUCCACAAGACAAAGAUAUUUAGUCAAGGAUGAAAAUAAUAGCUGAUAACUUGAAAAAGUAAAUGAUAAUUACUAUUAUUAUUAUUAUUAUUUUGAGUAUAUCAUAAUAACUAGUUUGUAUUCAACAUAUCCAGAGACUUCUUUUGUAAGCAAACCCUGACAUUUUUGUGUAGUAUUUCUAUACAAAACCUCUUUUCUGGAGUGUGUUAAUAUUUCAUACAUAAACCCAAAAUAUUUUUGCAUGAUAUUUCAUCUUGCAAAUAUUAUCUGUUUCAAUACAUAUACACUUUCUUUUCUUUUUUGAUAGUAAGUAUGCAGUAAUCAAUACAUUUUAUCAUAUCUCUAUAGUCAGAUUUCAUAAUAUAACUUGAAGUGAGAUCCUCUAUGGGUCACUGUACAAAGGUACGGAAGUGCCGUGAUAAAAAAAUAAAAGAGUCGCUGUAUGAAUUUGAGCCUCUUAUGUAAGUGUUCUGUGUUGUCAGCUUGUAUCUAUUGUUGAAAUAGACAUGAAAAAGUCAUGAACUCUGUCAUUCAUUCUGUAGAUGAGGAAAAGAAAAGAACCGAGCAUAUUUAGAAGAGAAUAUCACUGCUUCAGUUUUACAACUCUUAAAUAAGACUCAUCUGUUUGUAGGAAUCCACAAAAGAAAAGUGCUAAAAUAUGAUAAAGAAUUUUUGAUCAUAAAACUGCAAAAUAGUGUUUAUAGGGUCAUUAUACAUCAAAAUUAUUAUAAAAUAACAACGAAGACCCAUCUCACCUGCAAAUAUCAAAUUUUUAAAAUGUGAAUGUCUGUAUUUCUUCAAUGAAGUGAAACACAUGUAGAGCAAUACUCAUUUAAUAAAUAUGUUACCACUCUAGCUUUGCAGUUUCAAAACUUAAUGAAUAAUAUUUAUGUGCAUUUUCUAAGUAUUUCAUUUGUCUUUGUUUAUUCUAUAAUCCCAUAAGUCACACUAUGUAUCAUCAGAUCUUUGUCAUUUACCUUUUAUAUAAUCUGGGGAUAUGCCUCUAUAUGUAUACCUGUGAAUACUGGAUUUAUUUUUCAUUUCAUUGUUCCACUACAAAUGUCUCUGCUUGAUGGUUAUCACUAAAUUCUCAAGUUAAAUAGUAACUUCACAAACAAAAUGAAAAAAAAAAAGAUAAUAAAAAUAAUCUCUUCUUUGCAUUCCAAUUACUGUUUUAAGAAAAGCCCACAAUUUUUCAUUAUAUUUGUAUUUAAUACUGGACUGUACACGCGUACUGGAUGGGUGAUGUGCAUCUCAUUUAAGUUUCUUCAAUCAUUAUGUGAGUGGUGUGUAGUCCAUGAUAACAAUUUGUAUUAUGAUAUAAUAAUCUUGAUCUGUAAAUAGCAAAGCUCUUAACUUGUAUGUUGUAUAUAGGAUACUGGCAGCACCUACACUUAUGGGCCAUUGGAAAAACUACUUAUUUUUUACAUGUACAAUAAUGCUGAUAUUGUUAAAUAAUGUUAUGAAUAGCAAGUCUAUGAUCUGAGGUGUGAAGUAAAGUAAAUAAAUAUCA